AUGGUUGACCUUGGUGUUGCUGAGUUAUUUAAAAAUCGCACAAAGCACCUGCUUACUCAAGUGAAUCCGGAAGUGAAUUUACGAAAGCCAUUUGCAGAAUCCAUGAAGUUUAUUCCAAGUUUUCCACGGGCAUCAGUUUUCAGGAUACCUGUGAAAAAGCCGCCACUCGUCCCGAGCCGCGCCCCAAUAAUCUCCAGAGAUUAUUUCCGGGGCCACGAGAAUGGAGAGAAGGCCGUGUCGCAGAAAAAAAAAAAGAAGAAAACCUGUACAUACGACUCGGACCAACCGAAAAGAUGGCACAUGCAGAGGAGAAAGAGGGCCUCCUCUCCCGUAGCAUCUGUUGCAUCGUGGUUCGACCACCACCACCAUCACUGGCCGCACCACCAGAAGGCACCAUCACUACCACCGGCCCUGACGACCACCAGGUGCUAUCCACCUUCCGUGUCUUUCCCCAUCGUCGUCGUCGUCGUCUUCGAAAAAACCUUCUCCCCCCCUCUCACGUCCCUCGCCAUUAUUCGCCCGAGAUUUCCACCAUCUGCGUCUCUGCCCUUCGCCCCAUCUCUCUCCGUGAUCCACAUAGGUUCGCUGGAGAAGGAGAAGAGGAGAGCCACCUUCUGCGAGAGGCUAAUUGUGACUUGGAUGAUUUCUUGCGUCCGGGAGGUGGAUGGAUGGGGUGGAAGCAAUUGA